ACUGCUCAAUUGACACUUCACUGCUCCUCUUUUGUCCUUAUACCCCCAAACCAGCGGCUCUUACUUCAACAUUCAACAUGUCUCCCAUUGCGCUUGAACAGGAAGACCACACUCGUGAUGCCGAGUUCAACAAGGCCAUGCACGGCAAGUCGGCCACUACGCGUGGUGGUAUGGCAGCUAUGCUCCAGAAGGACCGUGGCGCCCAACAAGCGGCUGUAGACGAGUACUUCAAGCACUGGGACAACAAGGCCGCCUCUGAGGAGACGGAAGAAACACGCAAGGAACGACGAGACGAAUAUGCCACUCUCACAAGGCACUACUACAACCUCGCGACCGAUCUGUACGAGUACGGCUGGGGCCAGAGCUUCCACUUCUGCCGCUAUGCCUAUGGCGAGUCCUUCCACCAGGCCAUUGCUCGCCACGAGCACUACCUGGCACACAAGAUGGGUCUCAAGGACGACAUGCGCGUGCUCGACGUCGGCUGCGGUGUCGGAGGACCCGCGCGUGAGAUUGUCAAGUUCGCGGGCGUCAACGUCGUUGGCCUGAACAACAACGACUACCAGAUCGAGCGUGCCACACAUUACGCCGAGAAGGAGGGUCUCUCGCACAAGCUCAAGUUCACCAAGGGUGACUUCAUGCAAAUGUCUUUCCCUGACAACUCUUUCGAUGCCGUUUACGCUAUCGAGGCUACCGUUCACGCUCCCUCCCUCGAGGGCAUCUACAGCGAGAUCUUCCGUGUGCUGAAGCCCGGCGGUGUCUUUGGUGUCUACGAAUGGCUUAUGACUGAUGCAUACGAUAACGACAAUCCCCACCACCGUGAGAUCCGUCUCGGAAUCGAGAUCGGUGACGGUAUCUCCAACAUGGAGAAGAUCGAGGUUGCGCUCAAGGCCAUGAAGGCUGCCGGCUUCGAAAUGGAGCACCACGAGGAUCUUGCUGACCGAGAUGACCCCUACCCAUGGUACUGGCCGCUCUCUGGCCAGCUGAAGUACAUCAGCGCCAUUGGCGAUAUCCCCACCAUCCUCCGAAUGACCAAGAUCGGCCGUGGGCUGAUUCACAAGUUCGUUGGUGGACUCGAGGUGAUCGGCCUUGCACCCAAGGGUACCCAGAAGACUGCCGACAGCUUGGCGCUCGCUGCUGACUGCCUGGUUGCUGGUGGAAAGGAGAAGCUCUUCACCCCCAUGUACCUGAUGGUCGGCAGGAAACCAGAGCAGGCAUAAACAGCGUUUGUUUUCGCUUCUUUCGACUAGACUUGCUUCAUCCUAGCCUUGUAGGCAUAUCUUCUUUGGUACGGAGUCAAUCUCCUGGUUUUGCAUCGUCGCCUAGGGGGCGCGUUAUAUGACUGUAAUAUGUGGGCUUCUGGGACACGGUGAUGGCAACGCGAACAUAGAGUAGAAUAUAAGUAAUACCUUCACAC